AACAAAUGAGUACUCAAAGACUGCAGCAGCUCAAAGGACACUUUCUGUCUGAACAUAAGGUAACAUCGAUGGCUGGUCCAGUGAGUCCCCUGUCAACACAUGUGCUCAACAUUGCCCUGGGGGUUCCUGGUUCAAAUGUGUCUCUAAGUCUUUAUCGACAGGAUACUCCAUCUGAAGUUUGGAGUUUAAUUACAACUGGAAUCACAAAUGCUGAUGGCCGUUGCCCAGGACUAAUUACAAAAGAAAUGUUCACAUCUGGUGUGUACAAAUUACGAUUUGAGACGCAGCAGUACUGGGAGAGUAUUGGAGAAGCAUCAUUUUACCCUUAUGUUGAGAUUGUCUUCACUAUCAGCGACCCUGGACAGAAGUACCACAUCCCUCUGCUCAUGAGCCGCUUCUCAUACAGCACUUACAGGGGAAGCUAGACACAGUCCAACACUUUCUUGAAAGGAAUUUUGCU